AAUGGUCUGUGCUUUUGGGGUAAGAUCACACUCUGCGGCUGUGUUCGUAUCAGCAAUGUGGUCCCAAUUAGCUUUGUGUGUAUUUGUGGGUCUGGCGUACGCCUCAGCCAACCCAACAUGGAAGGAUAAUACCGAAUACGUUUACUCGGUUAACGGACGAACUCUAAGUAGCUUACAAGAAGCCGCUGCUGAAUAUUCUGGAAUUUUCUUGAAAGCUAAGUUGCAUAUGUGGAUCCGCCCUGAUGGAAAACUGCAAGGAAAAGUGACUGAUUCUAAAUAUGCCCAAAUCCAAAGUCACCUGCCCAAUGGCUGGAAGGAGGACGUUCCCAAUUCCAAGUUGAGCUUCAAACCUUUGGGUCUUAGUGAAAAACCUUUCCAAAUGAAUUUGGAAAAUGGUUUGAUCACAGACCUGGAGGCUGAACGAGAACUCACCAACUGGGAGGCCAAUAUUAUCAAGAGUAUUGUGAGCCAGUUCCAGAUGGAUAUUCAAGGCAAAAAUGGAAACCCUGAGCGUUUUGACGCCGUUUUCAAAACCAUGGAAGAAACCGUAACUGGAAAAACUGAGACUAUUUACGAAAUCCACCCCUUGCCAGAUUAUUUGAUCCAAAGUCAACCUUGGUUGGCUCCACAGCAGAAAUUGGGAGAAGGUGGUUAUAUUGUCGAAAUCAACAAAUACAAAAACUACAGCAACUCUGAAGUAAAGCAAUCUUACCAUCAUGGAUUUGGUGACAUGAAAGACGUUGAUCCAGCAUCUAACAAAAUGGGAGAAUUCUUCAUUAGAGAAUCUUCCUCCCGGGCAAUCAUCACAGGAAAGCCUUCACGACACGUCAUCCAAAAUUCUUACACCAUCAACAAGAUGAUGGUCAACCCUGAUUUGAAGAAUAAGGAAAUGGGAUCUGUUGUCAGCAUGGUUAAUGUGACAUUAUCGGAAGUGAACGAAAGAACCAGUUAUCCAGACCUUGAACGACCAAAACCUAUCGGAAACUUGCUGUACGUUUUUGAAAAGUCUUUUGACGCCAUCAGCAAACAAGACAGCAUGGGAGAUAGUAGUUCCAGCGAAGAAACCACUGAAGGUAACUGGAGAAGAAUGCGUCGUUCUCUUGGCAUGUCAUCAUCAGAAGAAGAUGCCCAAAAACAGUCCAAAACACAUAUGUCGCAAGCUCUUGCAUCUCCACUUCUUCUUUCAAUGUCAGACCUUGGUAAAUCUAUGAAGAGAGACACUGACUUCGACAUUAAACACAACGUCGAAAUUCUCGCCGAAGAAAUCUGCAAAGAAAUGCAGCAGCCUGAAGAGAUCUUGGCUAAGGCAACUUUGAACAAAUAUACAAUCCUCAGCACUCUUGUUCGUCUUAUGGAUGAGGAUCAGAUCAAUUCUGUGGCUGAACAGUUGUACUCUGAAUCCCAGAAUAGUGAUAACAGUCCAUGGCCUGUAUAUCGCGAUGCCGUAGCUGAAGCAGGAACUGAACCAGCCUUCUCUAACAUCGAGAAAUGGAUUAAAUCCAGUAAAAUUCAAAAGCGUGAAGCUGCCGACGUUGUUGCUACGAUGGCCCAAGAAGUCCGUGCUCCAACUGAAACCUACAUGCGCAAUUUCUUUGACUUAUUAAAGAGCGCUGAAGUGCAAAAGCAAGCCCAUUUGAACGAAAGCGCUAUUCUAUCGUUCACCAACUUGGUACACAGAGUGUACGGCAACCGAAAUGAGUCCAACAACCAGUUUGCAGUCAAUGCCUAUGGAAGCUUCUUCACCAAGAGCGGAAGGACCUUUGCCGAAUCCACAGUGAUCCCAUACCUAUCCGAGCAGCUGCAAUCCGCAGUUUCUUUAGCUGAUUCCUACAAGAUUCACCUCUACAUUCGUGCUCUUGGAAACGUUGGACACAAGAAAAUUAUUGAGGCUUUCCAACCCUACUUGGAAGGCGAGAAAAAAGUGUCUCAAUUCCAGCGCAUGUGGAUUGUAGCUUCUCUAGACAGACUCGUUUCCGACAACCCAGCUGCUGUCCGUCCUGUUCUGCACAAAAUCUAUCAAAACACUGCUGAGGUACCAGAGGUUCGCGUCAUUGCUGUACACCAGCUCGUAAGGACAAACCCACCAGCUGAAAUGCUCCAUCGCAUGGCCCAAUACACCAAAACCGAUUCCCAAGAGAAAGUUAACGCUGCAGUUAAAUCUGCCAUUGAAUCAGCCAGUAAUCUGGAAUCGCCCAGAUUCGCAGCUUUGAGAAACGCUGCCCAAACAGCCAAGCACCUCCUUACCACGAAGCAAUAUGGAGCUGACCAAAGCUACUUAGCAAUUCAAGAUCACAUGAUACGUGAAAUGCAAGUUGAGAUCGAACAUCAGUUGCUGGAAGUUGGUAGCCAAGACAGCCAUUGGCCGAAGAUUCUCGACUUUAGCCUCAAUGCCGAUAUGAGUGGAAUGAAGAUGCCCACUAUCACGGCCCAGGGCAUUCUUUCCAGCAUGAAGGACGCUACUAACGUUUUUAAGCAAACAACUGCAGAAUACCAACAAAAUAAAAACCAGAGAUCUGAGCAAGCAAAUAACGACGGUCCUUUGUCCAGUGCGCAAAUUGCCAAGAAGCUUAAAUACAAUUUCGAGGAACGGGAACAGCUAGAGUCGGUGAUUUUGGCCCAAUUCGGCUUCAUUGAGAAACUGUGGUCUGUGAACAACCAAACCAUUGACGAGUUGCCUGAAUUUAUCCGCCAACAAGAAGACGCGUUGAAGAAAGGAAAGAAUUUCAGUUACUCCAAGAUCAAGAGACUGCAUGAGCUGUCACUCUACUUCCCCACUGAAAUGGGUAUUCCAUUCUUGUUCUCCUAUGAAGUGCCUACACUAGUGAAAUUCGAAGGAAAGAUCAAAGGUUCUUCCACUCCUAGCAUUUCCCAGUCCAACCAAUUGCAGAAGCCUGAAAGGAUCAAUGCUGAAAUCGACGCUUACAUGACCAUCAGCGCGAAAGUCCAAAGCCAACUGUCCUUGAUAACUCCAUUCGAUCAACGGAUUUACUCCGCAGGUUUCGACAAAAACAUUCAGGUCCACGUGCCAGUUAAGGCUAACGCAGAUAUCGACGUUAAGAACAAGGAAAUGAAGAUCGAAUUUGACGUUCAAGAAAAGCAUAACAACGCCCGUGCUUUGCAUUACAGUACUUGGCCAUACACUUCCCGAAGUGGUGUGCUCGACAUCGCACCAAUUCCUUUGAGGCCCAACACUCUCGUGAUUAAGCGCGAUGUUCAACAACACAGAUCUAUUGAUGCUACCUUCGGCAAAAGCCAAACUGGAUUAGCUUUCCGACUAUGGGGACACCAUCCCGUCCAGUCCUUAACUUUGGGAGACUUGCAUAAAGCAUGGCAAUCCAAGAACCUGAACCACUUAUGGAGCAUCGUGUGGGAUCAAUCCGCAAUUGAGUUCACUGAAAUUAACGUUGCGUAUGUUCCAAGCCAAUCGACUGUCCGCAAAGCCACUUUCCGUGUCCGAUUUGAGCAAGACUACAAAAAGAAGCCUGCGAACGCACAAGAAGAAGGGUUCCUUUCUCUGCAGCAAUUGGCCAACAAAAUCGACAGCGAUAAGGCCCAAAACCGUCAACAGGAAGUCAUGAAGACCGCUGGUUCAGGCAUUCAAAGCGCUGAUUUGUCCAGCUCCGAUAUUUCGGUAGAAUUUGAAGGCGACCAGCAAUUCCAACACAUUUGCGGAUAUGCGUAUGCCAAGAGCAACGCUGACCCAGCAUCCAGAGCUAUUCUCUACUACCACAACAAGCAACAAAACAAACAAUUCGCUUUUGAAGUGAAAGGACGUGUGGCCAACACUAACGCAUUGGACCUGACUGAAUCUUUGAAUGUUGAACCUUCAGCCAAAUACGCCAUGCGCUCCCAAUAUGGAGACGCUAGUGAACACAUCAACAAUGUUGUAAAGGUAUCUGCCGAAGUUAAAAUGCAGAGAAGCAAAGCCCGCAAGGAAUAUCUGACGGAACAAGAGCCUUUGUAUGCUGUGUGCAAGUCAGAGAUGCAACAAGGCAACUUCCAGCUUGCCGCCUGCUUAAACAUGACUCUUCAGGCCAACUUCCUUGAUGAUGUUCAAUUCAGGAUUGAGCACCAAAACCUGAAUAAACGUUUCGCUCGAACUGUCCAGCAAGCUUUCCAAGGAAUCGUCGUCUACAAUUACCCCAUGACUGAAGAGCAAACUGCCCCCUCUGAAGGUGAGAACGUUAUUGAAGGCAAAGUCCAGUUCCAACCAGAGGACUUCAGACAAGCAAACAUUACUUUGACUGCUGACGACCAGGAAACUAAGUUCAUCAACAUUUCCACCCGCUCCCAAAUUGUAAAGGCCAUCUUUGUACAACAUCCAGUCUACCAUCUUCGGUCCAGGAUCGGCGGCUUAAUCAAAGCUCACCCAACCAUCAGACCAAGCUGUGUCAUCGACCAAACUGCUGCCCAAACCUUCUCCAACAAAACUUACCAACUGUCUAUCGGCCAACAACAAACCGUUGUUCUGCAAUAUAUCCCUAAGGACGCUCCUUUGGAGAAAAACCACCAACAUAGCGUAGAAGAGCAACUGAGAAAGCAAAUUGAAAACUACGUGGUUUUGACGCGUCAAGUCCCUAAUAAGAAAUACAGAGAAGUGCUCAUUUCAUUCAACCAUCCGAAAUCUCAGGGCAAAACUGUUGAAGUGAAAUUGGAGGCCAUCCAAACAUCCCCUUCAAACCCAGCCGCAAUCGUCAAAGUUGAUGGGCAACAGGUCCACUUUGAUGAUAAGAAUAUUGCUGAUCUCUACGAUGGAUUUGUUCAGAUCUACUCUUUGCCUAAUGGAGAAGUUAAAGUUGAAAUCAGAGAUGCAUUCUAUGUGAUCUUUGAUGGAAAACGUAUGAGAAUAACCGCCUCUAGCGACAAGCUGUUCGAUUCUACCUUCGGUUUGUGCGGCCGUUUCAGCGGAGACGUAAAUGAAGACUUCACCGUUCCACAGAAAUGCGUUGUCAGAGACGCACAAUUCUUUGCUCAAAAUUACCAAGUAGAAAACCGAAACCAACGACGCAGCUACCGCUCUGGAGAAUGGUCUCAAGAAUGCGUGGAAAAAGUCCUGCCUUUAUACACUAACGUAGUUUCUGAGAAUAAGUUAUCAAGGUCCAAACAAGGACUUAGGAGCCAACAAAGCGGUACCAAGUUGAGAUCUCGCUAUGUGGAAGAAAAUGGUGAGCUCUGCUUCUCUCUUCGUCCACUUCCCGUCUGCAAUGGACGUGCUCGCAACACCGUCUCCAAGAACGUUCCUGUUCACUGCCUUCAGGGAACCAAGACUGCCUACUACCUUAAAUCUCAAAUUGAUCAAGGAGGCAACCCCGACUUCAGCCGCAAGCCCGAAACCAAGACGGUCCGCAUGGAAGUACCUGUGCAGUGCGACUGAACAACAACAUCUAUAUAUUUUUAGUUGUAGAACGAACAUACCAGAAAAUGUAAAAAAAUCUAAGUAAAUUAAAUGGCUUUAUAGUA